AUGGCUGCCAACUUCUGGGAAUCGACCCAGCGUCGUUUCUGGCUCUUCUCGAAAGACGAACUCCAAGCUGUGCGCCAGAAACUCGAAGACGAGAAUGCCGAGCUCGUUCAGAUGUUCCCUCUCCCGCAACCGCGGCACCUGGCCAUAUUCUUUAAUCAACAGGUUAACCGUCUCGGUAAACGCAUGGUCAUCCGACAGCAAGCCAUGGCCACCGCACAGGUCUACAUCAAACGCUUAUAUACCAAAGUCGAGAUCCGUCGAACGAACCCCUAUCUGGUGGUUGCGACUGCCCUUUACCUGGCCUGCAAGAUGGAAGAGUGCCCACAGCAUAUCCGGUUGAUCGUCAGCGAAGCACGAUCAUUAUGGCCCGACUUUCUUAGCCUCGAUACCUCGAAGCUCGGCGAGUGCGAGUUCUUUAUGAUUUCUGAGAUGAGCUCCCAGCUCAUUGUCCACGCGCCGUACCGAACUCUGAACAACUAUCAACAGGAACUGAACCUGACACAGGAGGACGUGAACCUGGGCUGGUCGAUCAUCAACGAUCACUACAUGACGGAUCUACCCCUGCUGUAUCCGCCACACACUGUUGCACUUACCGCAAUCCUACUCGUGCUGGUCCUUCGACCUUCCUCGAGUAUGUCAGGUUCGAACCAACCGACGGCGGCGGGCAUUGCUGCUGCGAGUGCGGCGCUGGCCCAAGCCCAAGGGAGGGUGCCAGGACUGCCUCCCACUCCAGGGACGCCAAAUCCAUCCGACAAGGAGAAACAACCGGAGGCCAGAUUCGGCCGGGUGCAGCGGUAUGGCGCCUGGUUGGCGGAGAGCAAUGUGGACAUUGCCGCCAUGGUUGAUUGCACCCAGGAGCUGAUCUCGUUCUACGAGUGUCAUGAGCAGUAUAAUGACAAGCUUACCCGGGAGCAAAUCAACCGCUUCGUCAAAGCGAGGGUCCUUGACAAGUAA